UAUUUAUAUAAUUAGAAAACCAAAGAAUUAAGAGUGAAAUAUUUGCCCAAAGGUGAUGAUAAUGUCGGAUUUCGAACGUACACGCGUUGUCCUGCUGGGAGAUGCGGGCGUCGGAAAGACCUGUAUCAUCAAGAGAUUCCUGACAAAAACAUACAGUGAUAAAUACCGAGCCACAGUAGAAGACCUUUAUAAUAGAGAAUACGAUUUAGGACCUGUAACAUUGAAGGUUGACAUACUCGAUACAGCAGGUGACAUCCAGUUUCCCGCCAUGCGAAGACUUUCGAUAGCGACAGCGCACGCUUUUUUGCUCGUGUAUGCCACAACCUCGGCUCAAAGCUUCACGUAUAUAAAACAAUGUUUCGAGGAGAUUAGAGAACAAAGAGCUGAUUUUCAGGAUAUUCCAAUUGUGAUCGCUGGAAAUAAACUGGAUUUGGCGAAUUCGCAUCGUGAGGUAUCCAAAGAAGAUGUCUCGGAAUGGGUUUAUUGUGAAUUACCGAGAUUAAAAGUAAAAGUAUUGGAAUGCUCAGCAAAGGAUGACACUAACAUAACUGACUUGUUCAAAACGAUGUUAAGUUUAUCUCGCAUCCUGCCAACUGGCACAAAUGACCAACAACCGACAACUGGCUUGAAAAGGCGCUCAUCCGCAUAUGUUAGUGCAACUAGCAAAGGCAAGAGAGAUAUGUCAGCAGCUAGUUCAUCCAGCGAAAAUAAACAUGGUAAUACGUCCUUUUUGCACACAAGUAAUAGCAGCACGGAUAGCGCCAAAUCUAAACCACGUUCGAGAUCUCUUAUAAGACGAUCAUCACGUAAAACAAAACAACAAAUUCAAAAUGCAGAAGACUGCUCAGUUCAAUAAGUUGCAAAUGUACGGAUUUUAUUAAUGUGCAAGUUUUUAUUGCAUAUUUUGUUAUGACAGAUAC